AUGUAGAAAAUUUUAUCUUUGCUUGCUACCGCUUUGUUAAUAAGUGGUUUAGCCUUCUACAAUUAAAACGAAGAGGCACACUCUUUUAAAACUUGGUAAAAGAAUUUUAACAAGUUCUAUACUUCAAAUGAAGAAACAUAUAGACAGGUUAUCUUCAACUAAAAUGUUGAAUUAAUUAACAAACAUAACUCAAACCCUAACAAAAGCUAUAGUAUGGCAGUCAAUCAAUUUGCUGAUCUGACUGAUGAGGAAUUCCAAUCUAUGUAUCUAGGAAAGCCCACCUAUGUUAAGAUUGAUAAUAUUGAAUUGAGCAAAGGAAAUACCCUAGGAGAUGCUGACUGGGCUAGCAAAAUGAAUCCUAUUAAGAAUCAAGGUAAUUGUGGUUCAUGUUGGACUUUCUCUGCUAUUGGCGCAGUUGAAGGUUUCUUGGCUAUAAGAAAAGGCUUCAAAGGAGUGUUGUCUGAAUAACAAUUGGUAGAUUGUGCCGUUGAUGCAGGAGAAGGAUGUAAUGGAGGUAAUUCAGACUUGGCAUUGGAUUACAUCGCUGAAGUUGGUUCUGUUUACGAAAGAGAUUAUGAAUAUACUGCAAAAGAUGGUGUAUGCAAGGUAAAAUAAGGAAAGGUUAGAAUUGCAGGAAGAGAAAACUAUGGUCCAAAUGAAGAUGCUAUCAAAAAGGGAAUUUAAAAUUACCCAUUAUCAGUGAGCGUCGAUGCCACUUAUUGGAAAUUCUAUAAUCAAGGAGUAUAUGAUGGAGCAUGCAGAGAUGAUUUCCACAAUCACGCUGUUGUGGCCGUUGGUUUCGAUUAUGCAGGAAAUUGGAAGAUUAGAAACUCAUGGGGUGAAGGAUGGGGAGAACAAGGACAUAUUUGGUUGAAACCAGGUAAUUCUUGCGCUGUCAUGACCAGAGUAGAUGGAGCUAUUUGAUUAAUAUUUAAUAAUUAUUUUAUUUCAAAAAUAUCCCUUCA